CCCAAGCGUCUGAAUGGUUUAAAUGCCCCAGGCACAUGGAACUGUUUUGAAAUACUAUACGAUGUUAUGAGCCACAUUCUGACGAAGUUUUUUUCAUAGUUUCGCAUGUUUCAGUGUAACUUUGUGAUUUGUAUUGUUUCUUAGAACAGAAAUCGACGACAAGUUAAGCUAAUACCCACAGGUAAAUCGUGCACAGAGAGAAUUAGAAUGAUCCCAUACAGCCUGGUGAUACUUCUGGUAACCACAGUCUUAUCCCAAGAUCCUAGAUAUAAUUGUCCAAGUGAUUGGAUUAGCACUGAUAACACAUGUUACAAGUUUGUCUUUGCACCUAAACUGACCUAUGAAAAAGCAAGGAAGUCAUGUGCUGAUAUGUUUGCUUCACUGAUAAGUAUCACAGAUUUAACAGAACACAAUUUUGUUGAGAAUUAUCUGAUCAAUCAUGAUUUUUAUAGAAAUAGUUGGUAUACACGAGGAAUACGGGACUUUUCAGGUACAAACAGCUGGUACUGGGACGGAGAGACAACACCUAUACCCUACUCUCAACAGUACUGGUUACCUAAUGCUCAAAAGACUCCUGGGGUUGUCAUUGUUUACAGUUAUUUAACAAGUAAAUAUGGUUGGAGUUUAGCUGGGAAGAACAAAGUAUUACCAUACAUUUGUGAAAUACCAAGAACCUUUGCUUAUAGAUUGACUAUGGAAAGGCGAACUUUUGAAUAUGGUGUAGCAUAUCAAAAUCUGACCAAUGUAAAAAGAGGACCAAUUUUUCAAGCACAGCCUAAAAGUGUGAUGGUAGUAUCACGCACACCAAUUGCUCAUAUAGAGUGUCGUGCCAUGUGUAAUCCUGCUUGUCAAUAUAAAUGGUACAGAGGAUUUAACUUUGCAGAAGAGGUGACAGUUAAAACAGACAAUAGAUACACAAUGACCAAUGGCAAGCUAUCAAUACAGGAUCCUGAGGAGGAAAAGGAUGCAUAUACUUACCAGUGUCAAGUUUCUAAUAACAUAGGAACAGUCAUUAGUAACCCAGUCCAAUUGGCUUUUGGAACUCUUGGAGAAUUUUCUAAUGUACAAGAUGCACCAGUAUAUACAAAUGCAUAUAAUGGAGUUGCAUUACACUGUAGCGCUAUCAAAGCUGAUCCAGCUGCAACUUACAUGUGGCUAAGAGGAAGUCCACCAAGGGAGAUAAUUACUGAAACAACACCAUAUAUCUUCAUGUCUGCCAAUGGUAGAUUGUAUUUCUCAGAGGUGACAUUGAUUGAUACUUCAGACUAUUACUGCCAGGUGUCGUUGACCAGUUUGACAACCUCCUCUCUAGGAAACUCUCAAGCCCCUAGUAGAGUCAGCAGAGUUAUCAAAUUGGUUGUUAUGCAAAAAGCUCCUAUGACCAACUGGGGACCACAAAUAAUGGAUGAUUUUAUAUAUGUGUCACCAGAACGUCCAUUGAAAGGAUUCAAUGUCAGGAUGGAAUGUUUUGCUUAUGGAUCGGCUGUGAAUUAUUUAGGAACAUGGAGAUAUCAAUGGGCUAGACCUGGAGGCAAAAUACCUGCAAAUGCUAGAUUUAGUGACUUUAAUCGUGUCAUGACAAUUGAGAAUUCUCAACCAGAAGAUGAAGGAAAUUAUGUGUGUAUUGUAUCUAGAGGCACAACAUCCAGUGAUCAAAGAAACUUGUAUCUUCGUCUUUAUGCUGUGCCUUAUUACUUAGUUCCAUUACGAGCUCAACAUGUAGAUCUGGGCAGUGACUUGACAUGGACAUGUGAAGCAUCAGGAUAUCCUUACCCAACUUACAGUUGGUACAAGGACGGAAAAAUUAUACAGAAUAUUCCAGGGGAAAUAACUGUUGCUGGAAAUGCCUUAACAAUUUUGAACUUACAACGGAAACAUAAUGGAAUGUAUCAGUGUGCUGCAGAAAACUACCUUGGAACCAGUAUGAGUGAAGCACAACUUAGAGUUUUAGCUUUUGAGCCAACAUUCAACAAGAAACCUUUACCUGCAGAAAUGUAUGGAGCCGUAAAUGGAAACAUAACAAUUCAGUGUCGUCCUGAGGCAGCUCCUGCACCAACUAUUGAAUGGUAUAUAGGUGGCAGUCAAAUAUCAUCUACGGACAAAUUUAAACGGGAACUGAAUGGAGAUUUGGUUAUUACUGGUCUUAGUAUGGCCGAUGCAGGAGUCUAUAGAUGUAAAGCUACAAAUGAUUUAGGAUCAACUGAAAGUGCAGGAAGACUCUUUGUUAAAGGUCAAGUUGUUAUUAGUGUACCACCAACGGUAAAUGAUAAGGCUGUGCAAAAUGAAACAAAAUUUAUACGAUGUGAGGCAUCUUAUGAUAAAGAACUUGAUCUUGUUUAUGUGUGGAAUUUAAAUGGUCAUCGGAUUAAUAUCACAAAAGAUUUCCAUUAUGAACAGAUUGUUCGACCUGGUUAUACAGGACUGAUGAUUAAACUGAUUGAUUUCAAACAUGGAGGAACGUAUACAUGUAUUGCCAAAACUCCUGUCAAUGAAGCAAAAGCAUCAGGAUUUCUCAAGAUUUUAGGUCCUCCAUCAGAGCCUGCUGGUGUGAAAGCUGAUUCCACUAUGACCACUAGUUUAAGGAUAAACUGGUUCCCUGGUAGAACAAAUGGGUUACCAGUAGAUUAUUAUACAAUACAAUCUCGUGUAGAAGGAGAAGAAGGUGUGAUGACAAAUUGGGAGUAUAUAAACAAUGAUGAUGGCGGGAGGGUUUUUGAAAGGGAUGUGAUGCCUUUAGGCGAAGCUCGACCAGACAGGAGAAGUUACCUUGUAAAAAAUCUAAAACCAGGCAAUGUAUACCAGUUCAGGGUGGCAGCUAAAAAUGGGUAUGCUGGCAUAAGUCCUCAAAGUUAUCCAUCAGCAUUAACAAAGACAAUGGAAGCUCCCCCCAUUGCAAUGCCAUCUUUGAUUUAUGGUGGAAAUGGUAGUGUUGGAGACCUUCAUAUUAUAUGGAAUGAAAUGCCAUAUGAAGACAGAGGUCAUCAGAGUGGUGGAUAUAUGGUUUACUGGAGACAACAUCAAGAGGGUAAUGAUGAUAGAUUAUGGAAUACGAAAAGAGUCAACUCCUGGAAGCAAACGCAUUUUGUUUACCAGGUUGGAGAGGAGAAUUUUUAUCUGUUGUAUGAAAUCAAAAUACAAGGCUGGAAUAUACUUGGAAGUGGUCCCAAUGCUUCAGCUAUGAUUUACUCCUCUGAAGGCAUGCCAACAGCUGCCCCUGGUAACGUAUUAGCAGACGCUUUUAAUUCAACUGCUAUGGAGGUAACAUGGGAUGAAGUAGAAGAUUCCAGGGAGGUCAUGAAAGGUCGUCUCUAUGGUUACCAGAUAAACUACUAUUCCGAUGAUGAUAUAGAACCAUUGUACAAGACAUAUAUACGCUUCCCAGGACAGAUGGGAUCUGCUGUGUGUAUUGGUCUAUGGGCAGAUUCUAACUUCUGGUUUCAAAUUCAAGUGUAUAACACAGCUGGCCUUGGACCUGUCAGUGACUCCUACAAACAGGAAACACUGCAUUUUGCAUCAAGAUUAUAUCCAACAGAAGUAGCAGUAUACUCCCAUUCAGCAACAUCAGUUGUAGUCAGAUGGAGAGGUAUUUUGAUUGAAUUUGAUGAAGCAACUAUUGCAAAUUAUAGGUUGUAUCUUUGGCCUUCAAAUGAACACUUUAGAUCGGCAGAAGAAAUUGACACUGAUGGACUGGUUACUUCUUAUAUCUUAACCAAUUUGAAGAAAGGAAUUAUUUAUGCAGUUAGAGUGGCUGCAAUGAGUGAUGGUGGAGAAGGCAAAAAGUCUAUCACACUUUAUUUCACAUUGACAGGUGGCUCCAAUGUAGCUAUUGACCAGACAUUAACAGAGUUCAGAGCUGGAGGAGAUGCAGUUUACAUGUCCGUCUUUCUACUGAUUGGUUCUUUAUUGAUGUCCAUUACUUACUGGUUAUAAGUCAAAACAUAGCAGUCAAUUAUCAAAUUAUUCUAGUCUUUUUUAACACUUUUAUUAAAAGACAAUAAACACUACCUUUUUUGUAUAUUUUACAUGUAAUUUUUCAUAAUUUUUUAUAUUUUUUUACAUGUCUUUAUUAUAUUUGGAGACAGAAUCUCUUGGAAUUGACAUAAGAUAUGAAAGCUAAUGUGGCUCUAAUUACAGUUUGACUAUCUAAGUCUUUCAUUUUAAAUUAUGUUUUGAAAAUCAAAAGCAAUUUAUGGAUAGUGUUGGAGCCUUAUUAUAUAUUGUAUUUUUUAUAUUAAUCUUUAUAGCAGGAGCUUGCCAUAUCAGCAUUCUUGUAGACAUUUUCCUUUACUUCCAUUAGAUGUUUGAAAUUAUGAAUUAUAACAUUCCUAAAGCUAUGCAUUUAUAUCGAAAUUGUUUGUUUUCCUCCAUAAUUAAGUUGUAAAUAGUUGUAGUGAGACACAAUUGUUGAUAUAACCUUGUACAUAGUUCUUGUUUUGAAAACUUGAAAUUUUUCAAUUGAUUUGCAACUUUUGAGAUAAAAAAAAUACUGAAUAAAAUAGUUUAAUGUUUAAUUAACAUUAGAGUUUUACAAAUUGUACAUCUAUGAUAUAAUAACUCCUGGGAUACCAAUGGGUAUUGAUAAAGUACGAUUUUAAAUGUUCAUAGAAGUACUUUUUUGCAAAAGGCUGAUUUGCAAACUUUGACAAAACCAGUUAGUAGACAUGUUCAAAACAAAUUUAAUUAUUUAACAUUUAAUAUUUUAGCGUCAAAAAUGCAUAAGUUAAUGAAUAAAGAUUUCACUUAAAAAAAAAUGAUAUUAGAAAGGGGGUUGGGAUUUUGUUCACCAUAAUUGUGUUUAUUUUAAAUUACAUUCCAAGCAAUCAAGAGCACAUAUCAAAACGUUUUAUAUAUAUUAUAUAUAUGUUGUAUUUUACAAAUGUUAUUCAAUAUAUAUUUUUUCAUACUAAUUUUUUUAACCACUAAGGUCAAAGGUUGUGUAGUUGUUUAUUUUAUAUAUGAUUCUAUAACUUUCUGUCAUUAUUGAUAAAAAGUAUGUGCAUAAUUUAAAAUGUUUUAUUAUUCAACUUUUCAAUAAUUGGUAAAAGCAUAAGUAUCAAUGAAUUGAUCCUGUAACGUGGAGGAAUUAUACAUAUUCUGUUUUAAUAACAGUUCUUUCCAAUUAUGAAUAAUGAGUGUAAUUGCUUUCCCCAUUUAAUCAAAAUAUAAAAUGUCAUGUGAUCUGUUUAAUUCUGAUAAUCAUUAGUCACAAUGUUUUACUUAAAAUUAUUGAAAAUUUGUCUAGUCAAUAUUGAUAUUUUAGUCCAUAAAUUUAUCUAGUCAGUUGCAUAUAAAUAAUACUCAUAUUAUAUAGAAAUUAUCUGAGAUUAAUGAUUGAAAGUACGUUAGAAAAUUGGUUUAAUUUUACAUGUAAUAGUUUUUUAUUAAUGACCAAAUUAUACUGAAUUAAAUUUAUUGGAAUGGCUUUGCAUGAUGUCUAGUGAUUUAUAUAUAGUAUUUGCAUAAUAAUCUGAUUGAUUUUAUUGUCCGAAGAUAUAACAGUUUACCAAAUAAAAUUGAGAAUGGAAAUGGGGAAUGUAUCAAAGAGACAACAACCUGACCAUAGAAAAAACAGCAGCAGAAGGUCACCAACAGGUCUUCAAAGUAACGAGAAAUUCCCGCACUCAGAGGCUUCCUUCAGCUGGCCCAAGUUUAUUUGUUAAAAGAAAUCUUAAUACUUUUAAAGUUAAGUUUUGUUCACUACCAGUAAAUCUUAGUUUAGACUGUAGUACUUCACCUUUAGUGUUUCAUUGACUGCAUAGUUUACAUGUUAAAUUAUUGCAGUUUUAAUUUCAACAUUUGGGUUAUACUACAUGUAUCAAAAUUUCAAAAAAAUCAGACAUAUCUUUGCUUCAACAGUUUAUUAUAUUCUAGUCCAUGAAUUAACCUAGUCUGUUGCACAUAAAGAAUACUCAUUUAAGUAAAGUUUCACUGUUUUAUUUUUAUUGGUGAUGAUAAAUGAAGGACCCAAAAGGAAAAAGGGCAUUAUAUGAACAGUGUAAUAUUGUGUUAUGUUAUCAAUGUAAUAUGUAUUAUGUUCUCUGAACAAGUUGAUUUAAUGUCAUCUAGACAGUGUAAUACUAUGUUAACAUUUUAAUAUAAUGUUAUCUUUUUUUAACAGUGUAACAGGAUGUUUGUUUGAAGGUCUGUGAUUCUCUUUCUCAAGAUUCUUUUACCACUAAAAAACUGGCUGCAUCAAUAUAAAUAUGAGUACUGAAAAUUGCAUUAAAUAUAAAAAAAAAUCAAUCAAUUAUUAUUAUAUGUUAAAGGAGCAAUGUAAAUCAAAAUAUAUUAUAAUAGCAUUCAUCAAUUUUAUCAAUUUAGUGUUUACAGAAACAGUAUUUGUGAAUUACACCUAAAUCAGCAUUUAAUUUUGACUAGCUUUAAAGGAAUCGAAUUUUUUUAUUGUCUUACAUAUUAUUACUUAAUGUGAAUAAAUUGCUUAUUUAUUUGUGUAAUAUUACUUGAUAAGGUAAAGGUCUUUCACUGAUAAAUGUAUUUAUAGAUUGAUUAAAAUAUAUAGAAAACUAUUUGUAAAGCAAUAGAAGGAAAAAUAUAACUAAAUUUUUAAGUUUGGAAACACACACAAUGUUCAAAUGGGCUAAAGGAAAAUAAACCAUUUAAAUGGAUCUAAUUUUCAUUUAAGUUGGACAUAUUUAAGAUAUUGUUUUCUUCAUAAGAAUGAAAUAACAAAUACAUGUAGUUCUUUUUUUGCAAACUAAUAAUCUUUUAAACAUUAAUGUGAAAAUUCUGCAGAUUAUGUAAUUUUUUAUAACCUUUUAUGUUUAUUUACUCUAGUAUUAUCAAUUCUAGUCUAUAUACUCGAGUAUUACCAAUUCUAGUCGUAAAUAAUGAUUGCCUAUUUUUACAGUUCAGAAAAGUAGAUUUAAUGUUUUAUUACUUUAUCAAUAUUUAAGUCUUGAUUUUCAAUGUUUGCAUUGUUUUUAGUUAUGUAUUUGAAUAAUCACAUUCAGAAAGUAUUGCCAAAAUCAGUUACUUUGAAAGCUCCGUAUUAUAUAUGAUAAUACAUGUACCAUAGUCCAUAGGAAUCCUAUAAUGCAUAUAAGCAACUAUAAAGUAAAAGAUGUUUAUCGGAGAGAAAAAAGCUUUGAUCGAAUAUUAAUUGAAUUUUCAUUAUAGAUUUGACAAAAAUGACAUUGAUAGUUUUGCAAUUGAAAAAUGUUCCCAACUUUUCUUAUGGCAGAAUUUUAAUGAUAUGAAAAAGUGAAACCAUGAUUACCAACAUGUGUUAUGGUUCGAAAAUAUCAUCAAUUAGAUUUGACUGGUUGUAUUUUAUUGUUUUUAUAUGAUUAUAAUAAUUAAAAAAAUUACAAUAGUUAA